AUGCCUCUUGCGCGCCGUAAAAAGGUUAUCAUUACAAAAGACGAAGAAACACUGCAAAACGCAGACCCAGACACGCCAGUCUAUCAAAUUCCAGAAACGGGAGAGAUAUUCAGGGACUAUUCCUCUUUCGUGUCUAGAAUGUCCUUCUACGGCCUCAAGAUCUUCCAAUGCGAAACCUCUGGAAAGGGAAACUUGACCUUUUUCGAGGCGCUCGAGAGUGAAAAGGCGGAGGCGCGAAUGCUCGAUGCACGCUUCCCAGAGCCCCUCAAAGCAGCGAUUCUGAAGAGCGUUCAAUGGCAACUCGUUGGUCGUUUGGAUCACCUUGUAGAAGCCGUAUACGAUCGAUUCAAGGAUCGCUACUUUGAAGACGAACGUGUUUUCGUGGAUUUCGCGCUGAAUUCUGGCGAAGAAGACGCAAAGGAAUCUACUAUCAAAACUCGCUACUCCGUGCGCAUUAUCCAGGUCACACCCCCAGCCAAAAGCAAACCCACCAACGGCAAGCGAAAAGCUACCCAGAUGUUGAGCGACGAUACGGAAACGCAAACUCCCCCUCACGACAUAUAUGGAGACCUCAAAAUUCCCGUCGCGCAGGUAAACGCGCUCGACAAUCCAAAGGAGUAUGUCUACACGGUUCAGCUCACAGAUGAGGCUGUGAACACAAACGACACGGGCGCACAAGCCGUCGUACACGGAGACCUUCGCAACGGCGCUACGCAGAUGGACGUCCACUGCGAUGUCCUCUCCCGCGAUCGCCUGGCGUUUUCCAAGUCGAUUCUCAAACGCUUCAUUCGAGAAUGCGUCGACCGUGAUGCAGCUGUCGCGAGUCCCUGGAUUGUCAAACCAGAGAUUGCAACCAAAUAUGGCAUCAGCGUGCAGAUGCCCGACGAGAUUCGCAGAGACGUCGACGCAGUCAAGCGCUCUGAGACGGAGAAGCGAAAGAGAAUCAGCGAGGUAAAGGAACUUCCAUCACCCUCAAAGCGAGCAAAGCGCACCAAGCCGCCCCUGACGGAAGAAGAAAAAGCAGCAAAGGCCAAAGAGGAAGAGGCAGCCCGGGCAAAGAAGGAACGCGACGAGAUGCAACGACAGGCGUUGACUGGGUGUAAACGCGCUGUCAGUCGAUGGCCUGUCGAAGAUCUGGACGUGAUCCUCACCGAAAAGGAAAAAGCCUCCGGGAAGCCCGUCGUGCGCCCGUUGCCACACAGAACCUCCGAGUUUGCUGCACCAGAGUAUUUUGAAUCCUUUCUCAUGGCGUGGAACUUUAUAACAACAUACGGACACGCAUUCAACGUUUCUCCCUUCUCAUUGGAUACUUUAGAAGCAGCUCUACAUCAUUCUUCCGACGAACCAUGCUUCCUCAUCGACUGUUUACAUACUGGCAUAAUCUCGUCAUGCCGUUCCGUUGCCGCCGCCAUUACAAAGGCUCAAAUAGGUGUUACAUCGCUGUCAAACGAAUAUGGAGAUGAAAUGGAAACCGAUGACACCGUGGAUAUUCGAACGCUGUGCUCUGCAUUGAUUGCAUUUGGCUCGGGUUGGGAGAAAAAGGCUGUCAACCAUGAUACGUGGUGUAAUGCACUUGUUAGCAUUCUCAAAGAGCACGCCACCGUCCAAACAUUGCCUCAAAUGCGACCCAUCCUUGCUCACCUUCUCUUCCAACCGGCGCCGGCACCGGAGCCUGGAGUGGAAUCUACGACCCAGCCGGGGACCUGGAUACCAGCCAAGCCCAAAGAACGGUAUUUCUCAAUGGCCUUUCACCUCAAAAUCGCCGUGCUCGCCUUUUUGUGUGAUCUAUCUGCGACGGGAAAGGCGGUCCACAAUGCCCUUGAAACUUGCGAGGCUUCGUUGACGGAGAUGAGGAAAGAAAAGGUCGAAUUGAAGCGUCAGCAAAAGAAGGUCGCCGACCAGAUUCUUGCCAUGUCACCAGAGAAACGACGACUGGCCAACGGAAAGAACAAGAAGAAGCCCGGUUUAGUGGAGAACGGUGACGAAUCGGUUGCUCAGGACCAGGACUCGGCAGUCAGCGAGCACGACUCGGACGAGCAGGUUGCCGCUGCAGUCGCUGAUCUCUCGAUGGAUACUGCCCCGUCCGAGGCAGCGUCUGAUGAUGUUGCUGGUUCUUCGUCCAUGUCCGAUGUAGCAUACACGCCCUCCCGCUCAGCCGGUCGCAGCGCACGCGCGUCUCUCCGCUUUAAAGCUCAAGAUCAGGCCCGAGUCGCCAAGGAGAAGAAGAAAAAGGUUGAAAAAGAGCCCCCACCACUCACGAAGCAAGAAGAGGACGAACUUAGGCAAUAUGAGGAAGAGGCGGCGAGAAUCGAGCAAGCGCUAAACACUCUUGAACUGGAAUUUCGGCAAUACCUGUUACUCUCGCGCAUGCAACCCCUCGGUUAUGAUCGAUUCCACUCCAAGAUUUGGUGGUUUGAUGGUGUAGGGUGCAUGACGCUUGUGGACAAGGAUGGACAGAUCUUGUACGGCACGGGUAAAUUGUUUAUUCAAGGCCCGUCGCAGGACGACAUCGCCGUUAUCGACGCGAAAGCGCAGGUGGAUCCAAGUAUUGGUCUGCGAAGGGAAGCCGAGGAAGGAGAAGGAUUGUUGGGCGUGGGCGAGUGGGCUUGGUAUGAGACACCAGAAGAGGCGAGUGUCGUGAUCCAAUUCUCGGCAACCGCUUAUCUUUUGCAGAUUGAAUCAUAUAUCGAGUGGCUCAACACCAAAGGAGUCCGGGAGAAUGCUUUGGAGAAAGCAAUUGCACAGUGGAAACCAUACCUUGUCGGUGGCAUGGAGGCGAGGAUCAAUGAUUUGAAUCUCCAGAACAAGUCCGCAGAAGCGCGACGCGGACGGAAGAGCAACGCAUCGACGACGACAUCGGAUACAAAGGCACCGUACCUAAACUAUGUGAACCUCUACGCGACCAAGUAG